CUUCCCUAGCCUUCCCUUUGGAUGCCAUAAGUCAAUCCCGCGCUGGUGAGUGAAAUACUUCGGGGUUUCAGACAGGAGGAGUGGAAUCCAACAGAAUGCGGAGCGCGCAGCUUCCGGUACUUCUCAGACAAGUAAUGGCGUGUUGCGCGGCAGACGUCGCAAGAACUGCUUGCUCCAAGGUAUCGCUGGGAGAAUGAUAGGAAGCAGUUUGGGUCGUCGAUUGAUGGAUGCCACAGCGCACAAGUUGCAGAGACGCGGUGACUGAAGGUACCCCGCAGUCCCAGGCCACAUACAGUCGAUCGAAGCGCUGGGCGCCUCUAUAACAUGCUUUCACCAACUCAAGCGUGCAGGGAGGUAGAAGGGAUAACGACAGAGGUGCUCCUGCAGGCUUUCUCUGACCGUAUUCUCGUGCUCGUUACUCAGAUGGGUAAGGUGGGCAAUUUGAUACAAGCCACCAUUCCUGCAACAACGGUUAUUGACCCCGCUCCUCCUCCCGACCCAUCGCAUCCCAACGUCACAUCUCUUCCAGUACCUCCAACAGCGAUCCAGCUGACACCGCUGUUGGGUAACGCGCCUUCCGAACACAUGCAAGCCCUGCACUCCCUUUAUGCCUCCCAGAUCGCGACAAUCAUUUGGGCCUCAGAAGCUGAGGGGACACUUGAGGUUGAGAGGCGUGGAGUCGUUGUCGGUUUGGCAUUGCGCAAGACGGACGAGGCGGAAGGUAUGGGGCUCAGCAAACACGAGAGAGAGGUGUUCUAUGGCAUUAUGGACAUGGUAGACGAGCUUGCCCGGUGCAAAUGAGAACGGUGGCCGCAUGUCAUUCUUGCGAUGGGCGCCUCACUUUCCUGCCUGGCCAAUGAGGGCUGCUAAGUCUACAUCCUCCUCAGGUGAUAGUACCUGCUCGCGCUCUCUCUGCCAUUUCUUCCAUCUCCACGCAAUGACUGCAUUCAGCUUGUCCUCUGGCUCUAUGGCGCUGCGUGGGUGACUCUCAUAGAGGUAGUAUGCGAACACUCCGGUGAAAAUGCCCAACAAAGGGUCC